AUGGAUAAACUCAGGCUCAUUUUCCCUCCUGCUGACUCUGCUUUUAUAGCCUUGCCGCUGUGGCGUCUGAUCAAGCUCUUUGCAUCGGAGGCAUAUUCCCCUGCUUUGUUCGGAAGCACGAUUUUGGGAUAUGUUAUUUAUGAUCUGACUCAUUAUUAUCUACACUAUGGAAAACGAUUGAAAGGCAUUUCUCAUGAACUCAAGACGGCGUUCUGCCUCCCCGUCAAGGUGCGGUCGUUUCUUCGCGGCUGCGACGGCGAGGACGGCUGGAGAUCGAUCGCCGACGCUAGGGCUGCAGCGGAUCGCGACUUUCCUCGACCUGGUGCGGCUGAGACUUGUGGCAUCUCGAACGGCUCUCCGACGCGGUGCUGUUCGUAUGUGGGGCCAUCGCCGGUGGUCUCGUCAACGGGAGAAAAGUGUUCGCGAUGGGCUGCUCGGAGGCUAUCUCAAACAAAUUUACCCGACUCAGAUGUUUCAGGCUGUUACUUUUNUUUCGUUGGUGUUGUUUUGAGGAAGCUUGUGAAUCUUGAGCUGAAAUUGGGAUGUCUCGUCGAAAAUAAGUGUUAUUUGCCUCUUUUCAUUCAUAAAGUUGUGGAAAACAGAAGCACUUCAGAUAUGAAUCUAGGUUGUGAUUGUGGUUUGUUUCUCACGGAAUGUGCAUUUCCGAAUUUUGCAUCUUCAUACUUUGCUGAUACCAAGAUGGUAGUUCAGGGCUUUACUGUCGAUCUAAAUAAACCUCUUGUCUUCCAGGUUGGCCAUCUUGGUGAAGAAUAUCAGGAUUGGGUUCAUCAGCCAAUUGUUAGCAAGGAAGGCCCUCGAUUCUUCGAAAGUGAUUUCUGGGAGUUUUUGACUCGUACUCAAUGGUGGGUCAUCCCUCUUAUCUGGCUGCCAGUUGUUAGCUGGUUCAUUUCAAAAUCCGUUAGUUUGGGCCACACAAUACCUCAAGUUGUAGUAAUUGCUGCUCUUGGCAUUCUUGUCUGGACUCUGGCUGAAUAUACACUGCACCGAUUCCUUUUCCACAUUAAAACAAAGAGUUACUGGGGAAACACAGUUCAUUAUCUUCUCCACGGCUGUCAUCAUAAGCACCCAAUGGAUGGUCUACGUCUCGUUUUUCCCCCUGCUGCUACUGCUGUUCUUUUAUAUCCCUUUUGGAAUUUGAUAAAAUUAAUAUCUACUCCCACCACGGCACCUGCAUUAUUUGGUGGUGGUUUGCUCGGUUAUGUGAUGUAUGAUGUCACUCAUUAUUAUGUGCACCAUGGGCAGCCCACCAGUGAAAUUCCCAAGGGCCUCAAGAAAUAUCAUUUAAAUCAUCAUUUCCGGGUUCAGAACAAAGGAUACGGUAUCACAUCGUCCCUUUGGGAUUGGGUGUUCGGAACCUUACCUCCAUCAAAACUGGGUAAAAAGAGUAGAUGAUUUUAUCGGCCCGUUAUUGUUAAUGUUUUACGGUAACUGUCAAAUUUGACGAUUGGAAAAGCGAGUCGCCUCCAGAUUUCUUCACGCCAUCCUUUGUAGUAGUAGUAAUGUAGUAUUAUUUAUUUAUGCUUCUGGGAAAAACACAAGACGAUAUAUGAUUUCUUGGAUCUGAUAUUCAUUUCUUAGUUUGUGUAAUUUUUUAUGGAGUUGGUAGCUGGAUUUUUCCUUUUUAGGUGCAUAUCUAGCAACUUGUAUAAUGUAAACAGUUUUUGCGAAUUGCAUUUGUUUUCAGUGAAUGUGUUCUAUUUUCUGGGAAAAAACACUGAAGAACAAAAACUCAUGGAGAUAUCAUUUUUCAGUAAAUGAUGUCUCAUGUCUGUGUACUUAGUUAAUUAUCACUUCUGUAUAUAUAAUUAUUUUCAUUUUGAGUUUCAAA